AUAUAAACAUUGGCACAAAUUUAAUACAAGUUACAGAAUUUUAUUAUACAACUUUAAUUGUAUAUAGUAAGUUGGGUAUUUAAUUCUAUCGCAACUCCAUCUGGUAAGUUACAUUGGAGUUAUCAUCUUAUGGCAACGCAAAAGUAUACAAAAAUAAACAAAUUAAAUCAAGAAUCUGAUAUUAAAGCAAAAGCUCUUAAAUUUUGCAAAUAUUAUUUAAAUAUUAUUACUUUGUGCGAUAGAAGAAAAACUUGUUAUAAUUUUCGGAUGAUACGUCUAAGGAAAAGAAUAGAUUCAACUAGAAUCAUAAAUGAGGUUAUCGAAUUUACAGUUAUUUUGACACAGUAUGCUAACACCUAUUUACAUAGAAGGAAGCAAUAUUAUUUAAAAUAAACAUAGAUGCUCUUUAUAAUUAAUCGCAUAAUUAUCAAUUUGAAAAAUGAGUUAUUGCGACAGACAAGGAUUAACAGAAGAAUGUCCCUUGACACAGGACAAAACUAACAAAUGUAAAUUAAGCCAGUGUUGUGGAGGUGGUAUGAAAUUAAUCGUAUGUUGUUUCGCUAUUUUAUCAUUCGCUAUAACAACUAUACUAGUAUUACAAUUGGUUUAUGCUAGUAAUUUACUGCAGGCCAAUGGUAGUAUUCAUGGUGCUGUUGCCACAGAUUACACAAAUUGCUCACAGAUAGGUACUAAAAUAUUGAGAAAGGGAGGUAAUGCAAUAGAUGCAGCUAUAGCAGCUACAGUAUGCAUGACAGUAGUAGCUCCACAUAAAACAGGUCUUGGUGGAGGUGGCUAUAUGAUAUUAUAUAGUCAUAAAGAUAAAUCAGAACCAUUAGUCAUCAAUUUUGCCAACAAUACUGUCGGAGGUAUUUUUGGCACAAUAGGAAUACGCUUACCUGCUGUUUUGAAAGGCCUAGAAUCCGCUCACAUUUUAAAAGGAAUUUUACCAUGGAAUGAACUUAUAGAACCAGCAGCAAAAUUAGCUAGAACAGGAUUUGUAAUAUCAAAAGAAUUGGAAUAUGAAUUAUCAAAUAAUAGCGACUAUGGGAUACUUUAUGGUCAUGUAAAUGCUGGCAAUAUUUUAAGAUUAAAUGAUCUUGCAGAUACGUUAGAUGCUGUUGCAAAAAAUGGCACAAUUGUUUUAUACAAUGGGACUUUGUCAUUGAAACUUUUACGCGAUGAAGUUAAAAAAGAGGAAUUAUUAUUACAAUUGGCAAAUUACAAACCUGAGAUAAGUAUAGCGAAAAAAACUUCUUUUUAUAAACAUUCAUUAUACUAUCCUUCAGGUGUAUUUGAUUUUGAAACUUCUAUAAAUGCAUUAGAAGAUCUCAAAAUAUCAUUCGAAAUGGCAUCAAAGACUGAAACUAUGGCUCUUGUUGCUCAAACAUUAUUGAAUUCUAAUGAAAGGUCAUCAGACACGAUAAAAAAUGUUGAACAAGAAAGAUACACUGGUGUUAUGGUGAUGGAUGGACAAGAUACUUAUGUCAGUGUAUUAACUGGAUUAAGUGCACCUUUAGGAUCGAUUCACAUGACUGGCACUGGCUUUUUAUUAGAUAAAACUGGUAAUGAUAACGAUUUAUCAACUCUACUUCCAAUUAUUUUCCAUAAUGAAGAAAAGCCAUGUGAAUUACGUGGAGUAUUAGGAACUGAUGAUGCAAUUUUAAGUAGUCAACUUUUAUACCAUUUGAUAGUACGUGGCUUGAAUGUUUCUACUGCCAUUGAGCAUCCAAGAUACUAUCUUUUAUCUGAUGGUCUUAGUAUAGAAAAUGAUCAAUCACACAUAUUAAAAACAGUAUUACAAAAUAAAUCAAAUUUAUCAAUGCCUGUUUCAAAAAUUGAUGCCAGUUCAAUAUCAAAAAGUGUAAAUGCUAUUAUAAAACAUAAAGAUUUGAUAACAAGUCAUUCCGAUAGCCGUGGAGGCGGUCUUGCAUCUAGAUUUUGAUAAUUUUUACUUUUUAUAUAAUUUUCAUAUAAAGUAUACACAAAUAUUUAUGAAUAUUACAU